CUAAUUGGUUUAUUUUUUCUUCGUUAAAAAGACAAAUGAGUACAAAUAUUAAUUGAACCUUUUUCAAGUUUUCAUUCAUUCAUACAACAAAAGGCAAAAGGUAAAUUAUAAGUCAUCCAUUGAUGUGUCCACCCACAAAAGAAAAGAGCAAAAGGCAUGAAUGGGUUUCUUACACUGUUGACUUGUUUGAUCAAGGACGAUUGGUUCAGUCUAUAAAUAACUCAUUCCAUUUAAUCUGGAUUUUAUCAAAUUAAACAUAAAUCAUGGGGUUAUCAUCUCUAUGCUUAAUAACUGUGUCCAUCUAUAUCCUUUCAACAAUUGUGCUGUUCCAUCUUGUGGUGGCCAACUCUAUGCAGUCACAUACUCCUACUUGCCAUGAUGGUGAGAUCUCUGCCUUGCUGCAAUUCAAGCAAAGUUUUGUCAUUGACAUGUCUGCUUCAGAGUAUGUGGGUGCUUAUCCAAAGAUUUCUUCAUGGAAAUCAAACAGCAGUUGUUGCUUAUGGGAUGGCGUAGAGUGUGAUGAGAAGACAGGUCACGUGAUUGGGCUUGAUCUUAGUAGCAGUUGUCUCAAUGGGUCUUUCAGCUCCAACAACACCUUAUUCAGUCUUGUUCAUCUUCAGCGUCUGAACCUCGCUGAUAAUGCCUUCAAUUUCUCUCAAAUUCCUACUAGCAUUAGGAACUUUCCAAGGCUCAGGCUUUGAGAAAACUGCAGCUGUCCUUCCCAGGAUUCACCUACGAUACUUAGACCUGUCAUUCAACAUGUUUCGUGAAUUAUUGUUGUUACCUUAUUU